GGCACCCAAACACGGCACUAUAGGCUAUUUCAAGGAAAAGAGCAUUAGAGUUAGCAUCAGAUUUUGAGCAGUGGAUUUGAUUUUUAAUAUUUUAACCCUGUAGUUUGCUUCAUAAUUUUGUGUGGUCGAUUGAGCAGUGGAGAUUUUUGUUCCACCAUGUUUUUGAAAAGAAACACCUAUCUGCUGGUUUGUCUGUUGUGCUCUCUGACCCUGUGGUGUAAGUCAACCAGUGCUGGCUCCAGUUUUCUCAGCCCUUCACAAAAACCUCAGAACAGGGUGAAAUCUCCCAGAGUUGGCCGUCAAGUCAUGGAGGAGCCUGGUCAACCCACUGAGGACAACCACAUCACAGUAAGUGCCCCCUUUGAAAUUGGCAUCACCAUGACAGCAGAGGACUUUGAGGAGUACGGUGUGAUGCUGCAGGAGUUCAUCCAGCGUCUGCUGGGAAACACAGAGACAGCAGAGAGGCCAUCACAACUUUGAUCACGGUCAAGAUUCUCAA